CAGACAGAGACAACAACUGCAACAACCUCUUCGCCUGCCCUGCCAGCCGGUGACAACCAUUUGCAGCAUCCCCAUAAAAUUGGCAGAAAUAUAACCAGCUCAGCAUCAUGGCUGCCGCCUCAUCCUCGAAGCCCUCGAGCUUCCUGCUCUACUCCUGCAUCGCCCACCGCACCACCAUCCUAGCCGAACACUCCUCCCCCGGCACCUCCUCAUCCGCCGCCUCCUCCCUCGCCUCAAUCAUCCUCCCCAAGAUCUCCCACGACCAACCCCAGAAGCUCACCUACACGCACGAGCGCCUAUUCGUGCACUACAUCGCGGACUCUCCCAGCGGCAGCAGCAGCAACAAUGACUCCUCCACCUCCUCAUCCACGGAGCCCAACUCCUACGCCCCGCUCAGCUACAUCGUGGUCGCGACCGCCGAACAAGGCCGCCGCAUCCCCUUCGCCUUCCUCCUGGAGAUCAAGCGCAAGUUCCUGGCGACGUACCCGCCGGCCAGCACCGACUUCGCCACGCUGCCCGCCUACGGCUGCGCCGCGUUCAACCCGGACCUCCGCGCGCUGCUGCAGACGUACAACACGGCGCCGCCGGCGGACUCGCUCGCCUCGGCGCGGCGCGAGAUCGACAGCGUGCGCGACAUCAUGACGGAGAACAUCGAGCGCGUGCUGGAGCGUGGCGAGCGCAUCGAUCUGCUGGUCGACAAGACGGAUCGGCUCGGCGGCAGCGCGCAUGAUUUCCGCAUGCGCAGCCGCGGGCUGCGCCGCCGCAUGUGGUGGAAGAAUGUCAAGUUGGUCGUGUUGCUGGUUGUGGUCGUUGUGUUCCUGGUGUACCUGUUUGUGGGGAUGGGGUGUGGGUUGCCGGCUUGGGGGAAGUGCGUGGGUUGAAUGGCGUGACUGGCAGUGGGUGGAAAAUGGGUGAUUGGGUCGGCGGGCGGGUUUUGGUGUUGCAUCUUUUUUAGUGAAGUUUGAGAUUGAGCCUUUUUUUUUGUUGCGUGUUGCGUGUGGUUAUUUGCAUUUGUUUUGACUUGCGGUUCUCUUGCGCUGUUGAUGGAUUGAUGGGC